AUGGCUGCUCUUCAAUCAUUUGUAGUGUGUUUCAUAUUUGCUUUUGCUGCCAUUCUGAUCCCUACAAGUUUAUUUCCAUCAUUGAAAGAUUCAAAUGACUCUCUUCCAAAGCCUUUUGCCGACUUCCCUGAGCUUAUCUCUAACUUUCAAUCUCAUGGGCUAGACUUGAAAGACCUUGUUGUCCUCUCAGGGGCCCACAGCAUUGGACUUGCAAAGUGCGUCACCUUCCGUCCUAGGAUUUAUAUUGAUACCAACAUUGACAAAAGCUUUGCAACCUACAUGCAACAAUGGUGCCCUGUAAGUGGAGGAGAUAACAACACAGAGCCACUUGAUGCAACUCCAGCGGAACUCGAUACAGUGUACUACAAGGCUUUGCUGGAAAAUAAGGGUCUCCUUCAUUCUGAUCAGGAGCUCUUCAAGAAUAACGAAUGUGACAGUGAUAAGCUAGUGUGGUACUACAGCUACAACCCUGGUGGUUUUGUUAAAGACUUUGGUGUUUCCAUGAUUAAGAUGGGUAAUAUUAAACCUCUCACUGGCAAUUUCGGUAAGGUCAGGCUGAAUUGCAGGAAAGUCAACUGGCAGAACAGUUCCUACCCUGAAAAGCAACAAUGA